UUUAUUUUCCAAACAAUGGUCUUGGACAUCUGUCUUGGAGCACCAAACCUUGACUGAAUCAAGUACACAUAUAUCUGAAGCUAUAUAAUUGUGACAGGAGGAAGAAAUGCACCAUUCUACUAAAUAAAGUCUCAGUCUUCAAAGUGACAACAAAAGAAAAAGAAACAGAUUUGUUGUGUUGAGUUCUUGUAGAGCUCCUGACAGAGGUCAAAAUCUUGAAAUUCUGUAAUAAAAGUGACUAAAAUUUAGUGGGUUUUAGCUGCUACUAAAGUGCAGUUUCCUUAUCAAUGGAAAGUGAUCUUUAUAGAGCAGGAAGCAGUGUAAGAAGAGGUGACUCUUUGAUGUGGAGCAAUGCUGCAGAAAUCUUUUCAAAUUCUCAUGGAAGUCAAGAGACUGACGAAGAGGCUUUAAUAUGGGCUGCACUGUCAAAACUUCCUACCUAUGAUCGAUUGAGGAAGGGAAUUCUAACAUCUUCAAUAGGUGGAGUCCGCGAGAUUAAAGUUCACAAUCUUGGAUUGCAAGAAAGGAAGAGUUUGGUUGAUAGAUUGGUGGCAGUAGCUGAGGAGGAUAAUGAGAACUUCUUGUUAAAGCUCAGGAAUCGUGUCGAUAGAGUUGGAAUCCAAAUUCCUACCAUUGAAGUCCGAUUUGAGCAUCUAAAUAUUGAAGCAGAAGCCUAUGUAGGAGGCAGAGCUUUGCCUACAUUCUUUAACUACACUGCUAAUAUGGUAGAGCGUAUCUUGAAUUCUCUACAUGUAAUUUCAAGUAAAAAGAAGCACCUCUACAUCCUUAAUAAUGUUAGUGGCAUCAUCAAGCCAUCAAGAAUGACAUUGCUUUUGGGUCCUCCAAGUUCUGGGAAGACAACACUUUUAUUGGCUUUGGCUGGAAAGCUUGAUCCUACUUUGAAGGUGAUAUUGCAGAAUUUUUAUAGCCUCAUAUGUUCUUGGAGUUUCUUUAUCAUUUAUUGCUUUUUAUUGACUCUUUGGAAAUUUCGGCUGCAGGUUUCGGGGAGAGUAACUUACAAUGGCCAUGGCAUGAAUGAGUUUGUACCCCAAAGAAGUGCUGCCUAUAUCAGUCAAUAUGAUCUCCAUAUAGGAGAAAUGACUGUAAGGGAGACCUUGGCCUUUUCUGCAAGAUGUGAAGGUGUUGGCACCCGUUAUGAUAUGUUAGCAGAGUUAUCAAGAAGAGAGAAAGCAAUGAAUAUCAAGCCUGAUCCUGAUAUUGACGUCUUCAUGAAGGCAGCAGCAAUAGAAGGUGAGGAGACCAGUGUGGUCACAGAUUAUAUUCUGAAGGUUUUAGGACUGGAAGUCUGUGCAGAUACAAUGGUGGGGGAUGACAUGCUACGAGGCAUUUCAGGAGGACAAAGGAAGCGUGUUACAACAGGGGAGAUGCUUGUUGGACCAGCAAAAGCACUGUUUAUGGAUGAGAUAUCAACUGGCUUGGACAGCUCAACCACUUAUCAAGUUGUAAACUCACUCAAGCAAUAUGUUCACAUUCUUAAGGGAACUGCUCUCAUCUCUCUCCUACAGCCAGCACCAGAGACUUAUGAUCUCUUUGACGACAUUAUUCUCCUAUCAGAUGGCCAUAUUGUUUACCAGGGACCUUGUGAACAAGUGCUUGAAUUUUUCAAGCACAUGGGUUUCAAGUGUCCUGAAAGAAAAGGGGUGGCCGAUUUUUUGCAGGAAGUGACUUCAAGGAAAGAUCAGCAACAAUAUUGGGCACGCAGAGAUGUGCCUUACAAGUUUUUCACAGCCAAGGAAUUUUCUGAGGCAUUCCAGUCAUUCCAUGUAGGAAGAGAACUUGGAGAUCAGCUAGCAGUUCCAUAUGACAAGGCCAAUAGUCAUAGAGCUGCUUUGACAACUAAAAAGUAUGGUAUUAGUAAGAAAGAGCUGUAUAAAGCUUGCUUCUCUAGAGAAUUCCUACUUAUGAAGAGAAACUCAUUUUUCUACAUCUUCAAGUUUUCGCAGCUGACAAUAGUGGCACUAAUUUCAAUGUCCCUCUUUGUGAGGACUGAGAUGCAUCGAGAUUCUGUGGCAGAUGGAGUAAUUUACUUGGGUGCUUUGUCCUAUAUUGUGACUAUGGUCCUGUUCAAUGGCUCAGCAGAAAUCUCCAUGACUCUUGCAAAGAUUCCUGUUUUCUACAAGCAAAGGGACAUGCUAUUCUAUCCUGCAUGGGCAUAUGCUCUUCCUGCAUGGAUCCUUAAAAUCCCUGUGUCAUUCUUAGAAGUUGUUGUACUGGUUUUCACUACCUACUAUGUAAUUGGAUUUGAUCCGAGUGUUGGAAGGUUUUUUAUGCAAUACCUUGUGCUUGUAUUCGGUAACCAGAUGGCUUCUGGGUUAUUUCGAUGCAUUGCUGCAGUUAGCAGAAACAUGCUUAUUACUAGCACGUUUGGUUCAUUUGUACAGCUUAUUGUUUUCACUUUAAGUGGUUUUGUCCUGUCAAGAGACAAAAUAAACAAAUGGUGGACAUGGGCUUACUGGACCUCGCCGAUGAUGUAUGGGCAGAAUGCAGUUGUAAUUAAUGAGUUCCUUGGAAAGAGUUGGAGUCAUGUUCUUCCAAAUUCGACCGAGUCAUUAGGAGUCGAAGUUUUGAAGUCUCGUGGGAUUUUCACAGAAGCACAUUGGUAUUGGAUUGGAGUUGGGGCAUCGGUUGGAUUCACACUUUUAUUUAAUUUCUUAUAUGGUCUAGCCCUCACUUUUCUGAAUCCGAUUGACAAGCCUCGGGCAGUAGCAUCAGAAGAACUGCACGACAAUGAACAAGGUAGAGAGGGCGAGGCGGCACUACCAACGAACCACGAAAGUAGCUUCAGUCACCAAACAAACAAUGAUGUGCUUAAAAGAAGUCAGUCCCCCAGGUCCGCUAAUAACAAUAAAAUAGGAAUGGUUCUUCCUUUUGAACCACAUUCUAUAACCUUCCAAGAGAUUAUCUACUCUGUCGAAAUGCCUCAGGAGAUGAAAAAUCAUGGUGUUCAUGAAGAUAAGCUGGUAUUAUUAAAGGGUGUUAGUGGUGCAUUUAGGCCUGGUGUACUCACUGCUUUAAUGGGUGUCAGUGGUGCUGGUAAAACCACUCUGAUGGAUGUGCUAGCUGGUAGGAAAACUGGUGGACAUAUUGAGGGGAACAUCACAGUUUCUGGGUACCCAAAGAAGCAAGAAACAUUUGCUAGAAUUUCUGGGUACUGUGAACAAAAUGAUAUUCACUCACCACACGUCACUGUCUACGAAUCCUUGGUUUUCUCAGCUUGGCUUCGUCUUCCAUCCGAAGUGGAUGAAAGAACCAGAAAGAUGUUCACUGAGGAAGUUAUUGAGCUUCUGGAACUGAAUCCACUGAGGCGAGAAUUAGUUGGAUUGCCUGGUAUAAAUGGGCUGUCAACCGAGCAACGCAAGCGACUAACAAUUGCUGUUGAGUUAGUGGCAAACCCGUCAAUUAUUUUUAUGGAUGAGCCAACAUCAGGACUAGAUGCAAGAGCUGCUGCAAUUGUCAUGAGAACAGUUAGGAACACAGUCGACACAGGAAGAACAGUUGUGUGCACCAUUCAUCAACCAAGCAUCGACAUCUUUGAAUCUUUCGACGAGCUACUCCUAUUAAAGCGGGGAGGAGAAGAAAUAUAUGUAGGGCCACUCGGCCGUCAUUCUUGCCAUCUGAUAGAGUACUUCGAGGGAAUCGAAGGAGUCAGUAAGAUCAAAGAUGGUUAUAAUCCAGCAACCUGGAUGUUGGAAGUUACCACUCCCGGACAAGAAGUAGCACUAGGUGUUGAUUUUGCUCGUAUAUACAAGAACUCAGAACUAUACAGGAGAAACAAAGUACUUAUUGAAGAAUUAAGCAAGCCUGUUCCUGGUUCAAGGGAUCUAUAUUUCCCUACUCAAUACUCGCAGCCAUUUGUCACUCAAUGCUUGGCAUGCUUAUGGAAACAACACAGGUCAUACUGGUGCAACCCGCGAUACACUGCUGUGAGACUCAUAUUUACAAUCUUCACGGGCUUGGUUCUUGGGUCAAUGUUCUGGAAUCUUGGCAUGAAGACGACAAACAGACAAGACCUUUUUAAUUCUAUGGGUUCAAUGUUCGUUGCUGUCAUGUUCCUUGGGUCGCAAAAUGGAUCAAAUGUGCAGCCUGUUAUAGCGGUCGGACGAACAGUGUUUUAUAGAGAAAGAGCUGCUGGAAUGUACUCAGCCUUGCCGUAUGCCUUUGCCCAAGUUGGAAUUGAGAUCCCCUAUGUUUUUGUUCAAGCUGUAGUGUAUGGUGCCAUAGCAUAUGCAAUGAUGGGAUUCGAAUGGACAGCCUAUAAAUUCUUUUGGUAUAUGUUCUUCACAUACUGCACAUUCUUGUUCUUCACCUUCUAUGGCAUGAUGGUCAUGGCCUUAUCACCGAACCAGCACGUUGCAGCUAUCAUCUCAGCUGCAGUUUACGGGAUGUGGAACCUCUUUUCAGGAUUCAUAAUCCCACAACCUAGGAUGCCUGUGUGGUGGAGAUGGUACUAUUGGGCAUGUCCAGUAGCCUGGACCUUAAAUGGAUUGGUUACGUCACAGUAUGGAGAUUUAAAGCACACACUUGAAACAGGAGAAACUGUGGAGUAUUUUGUGAGAAAUUAUUUUGGUUUCAGGCAUGAUCUUCUUGGAGCAGUUGCAGUGAUUGUUCUGGGUUUUGCAGUUCUUUUUGCUUUCAUUUUUGCUGUCUCCAUUAAAAUGAUUAAUUUCCAAAAGCGAUAGGAUUACUGCCAUGAGUUCUGAUUGUAGUUUGGUUAAUGUAAUAUAGGCUUGCCAAGUAACAAAUUAUUAGCAUAGGUCCAAUUUAGAAUGGUUGCACCUGCCACAUUUCAUGUGCAAUAUUGCAACAAUUAAUGGCAAGUUGUAUUGUAGUCAUAGUGUGGUGAAAUUAAUGAGAUCCUUUUUCUUUUGGUAAGGU